UACAUGUGCUCUGCCGCUUUUAAAUCUCUCUUCUUCUUCCUCGUGUCACUCUUUUUCUCACACUCUCCUCUGCAAACAAAAAAAAACAUUUUUAUUUUGUCUCUCUAUUAUUCCAGGAAUAUUUCCUAGAAAAACCCAAGCAAAGCUUUAAGCCUUCCUCUCCCCCAAAAGUAGCAUCUUCCCCUUUAUUUCCUUCUCUCCUUAUCCCUCUCCCUCCCUCUCUCGUUUGUGAAACGAUUCCAUAAGAAUAUGCCCAAAAGCUCUUUUACCUUACCCCCCCUUUCUUCAACUUUCCCGGAAAAAAAAAAAAAAAAUCUUCACGCUUCAAGGCUUCUUCUCUCUCGCAGUGUUUUUUUCGUGCCUUUCUAUAAAUCAAAAAAAAAUUCGCGUCCUUUGAGAAAAAUUUUUGUUUCCAAGAGAGAAGAAGAAGAAGAGAAGAGCAUCACUCUUGUUCUUCAAGUUUCAUCUUUCCUAAAAAAAAAUCUAUCUUUAUUCUUUGUCUCUUUCCUUUUUUUGCUUUAUGCUAUAAAAACACACACCGAGAGACACAGUCACAGUCUUGAGUGAAAAUAAAAAGAGAGAGAAAGAAAAAAAAAUGGAAGCGGAGAAGACAACAAUGGUUGUACCGAGGGUAAAAUUCACAGAGCACAAAACCAACACGACGAGAAUCGUACCGGAUUUAACCAACAACCACCACCAAACCACCAGGGUUCUUCGUAUCUCAGUCACUGACCCUUACGCUACUGAUUCCUCUAGCGACGACGAAGAUGAAGCACACAACAACAGUUUCGUCUCUAAACGCCGUCGUAUCAAGAAGUUCGUCAACGAGGUCGUUCUCGAUUCCGGUGCUUCUGUUGUUGCUAAUAGCGAAACCGAAACCGAAUCGAAGAAGAGAAAGCAGAGAGCGGUUAAAUCGGAGCCUACUACUGCUUCUCCGGUUGUUUCAACUACUACGACGACGACGGCGACGGGAGAGAAGAAGUUCCAGGGAGUGAGACAGCGUCCUUGGGGGAAAUGGGCGGCGGAGAUAAGAGAUCCUCAAAAACGUGUACGUCUCUGGUUAGGUACUUACAACACCGCCGAAGAAGCCGCCAUGGUUUACGACAGCGCCGCCAUUCAGCUCCGUGGUCCCGACGCUCUCACUAAUUUCUCUGUUUCUCCUACCACCACCACCACCACCACGACGACGGCUGAGAAAAAAUCGCCACCACCUUCUCCGGUGAAAAAGAAGAAGAAGACGACGACGAAGAAGAAGAACAGCAAAACUAAAAACUCCGUUACCGCUUCUUCUACAAUCAGCGGAAGCAGCAGCAACGACUGUCUCUGUUCUCCUGUUUCCGUUCUCCGAUCUCCGUUCACCGUCGACGAAUUCUCCGGGAGCUCUACAGCGGCGGUUGUUGUCAAGGAAGAGCCGUCGAUGACGACGGUGUCGGAAACUUUCUCUGAUUUCUCUGCGCCGCUGUUCUCAGAUGAUGACCUGUUCGAUUUCAGAAGCUCGGUGGUUCCAGACUAUCUCGGCGGCGGCGAUUUAUUCGGGGAAGAUUUGUUCGCGGUGGAUAUGUGUACGGAUAUGAACUUCGGAUUCGAUUUCGGAUCUUCCGGAUUAUCCAGCUGGCAGAUGGAGGACCAUUUUCAAGAUAUUGGGGAUUUAUUCGGGUCGGAUCCUCUUUUAGCUGUUUAAAUUUUAAAAUAAAUAAAUAAGUAGUUUUUUUUACCGGCCGUUACUAAACGGAAUCCGGAGAAAGUUUUGUAUACCGGUGAGAUAAUCUCGGUGACUGUUCGUUUGUUAAUUUGUUUUUUUUUCUUUGGUGUGAUAUAUAAUUAUAUAUAAGUCAAAUUGUAUUAAUGUAGUUAAAUGAUGAUAUUAAUUAUGAAUUUUAUUAACGUUUGUUAAAAUGACACCGUCUGUUAACGGUAA